AGUUCUCUUUCCCCCACUGGGGGAGCCUCAGGGCCGGCGUCGGGGCAGGAGGCUCCGGAGGCAGAGCCCGUGGGGCAGGGGUGGUGGCAGGGCAGUGUCCAGCGACAGGGGCACCAUGGCCACCAUCCAGUCAGAGACUGACUGCUACGACAUCAUUGAGGUGUUGGGCAAGGGCACCUUCGGGGAGGUGGCCAAGGGCUGGAGGCGAAGUACUGGCGAGAUGGUGGCCAUCAAGAUCCUGAAGAACGACGCCUACCGCAGCCGCAUCAUCAAGAACGAGCUGAAGCUGCUGCGCUGCAUGAGGGGCCUGGACCCGGAGGAGGCCCACGUCAUCCGCUUCCUUGAUUUCUUCCACGACGCCCUCAAGUUCUACCUGGUCUUCGAGCUGCUGGAGCAAAACCUUUUCGAAUUCCAGAAGGAGAACAACUUCGCACCCCUCCCCGCCCGUCACAUCCGCACGGUCACCUUGCAGGUGCUCAGAGCCCUGGCCCGGCUCAAGGAGCUGGCCAUCAUCCACGCCGAUCUCAAGCCUGAGAACAUCAUGCUGGUAGACCAGACCCGCUGCCCCUUCAGGGUCAAGGUGAUCGACUUUGGCUCGGCCAGUAUAUUCAGUGAGGUGCGCUAUGUGAAGGAGCCGUACAUCCAGUCACGCUUCUACCGAGCCCCUGAGAUUCUGCUGGGGCUGCCCUUCUGUGAGAAGGUGGACGUGUGGUCGCUGGGCUGCAUCAUGGCUGAGCUGCACCUGGGCUGGCCCCUCUACCCGGGCAACAAUGAGUACGACCAGGUGCGCUACAUCUGUGAGACCCAGGGCCUGCCCAAGCCCCACCUGCUGCACGCAGCCCGCAAGGCCCACCACUUCUUCAAGCGCAAUCCCCACCUUGAUGCCACUAACCCCUGGCAGCUUAAGUCCUCGGCUGACUACCUGGCUGAGACCAAGGUGCGCCCGCUGGAGCGCCGCAAGUACAUGCUCAAGUCACUGGACCAGAUUGAGACAGUGAAUGGCGGCGGGGCAGCCAGUCGGCUGACCUUCCCGGACCGGGAGGUGCUGGCGGAGCAUGCCGACCUCAAGAGCAUGGUGGAGCUGAUUAAGCGCAUGCUGACAUGGGAGUCGCACGAGCGCAUCAGCCCCAGCGCAGCCCUGCGCCACCCCUUUGUGUCCAUGCAGCAGCUGCGCAGCGCCCACGAGACUACCCGCUACUACCAGCUCUCACUGCGCGGCUGCCGCCUCUCUCUGCAGGUGGAGGGCAAGCCACCCACGUCGGUGGUGGCUGCUGCAGAAGACGGGCCCCCCUACUACCGACUGGCCGAGGAGGAGGAGGCUGUGGGCCUGGGCAGUGCGGGGGGCAGCGGGCCUUUUUUCCACAAGAAGGCACCAGGCAUGCAAAGGGCCAUCAAUCAGCUGGACGACCUGAGUCUGCAGGAGGCGGGGUGUGGGCUGUGGGGCGAGACCCGUGCCGAUGUGGUCCCUGACAUGCUGGUCCCACUCAAGGCAGCUGCCGCUGGCUGUCGGGUGGCUGACCCCGGUCCCGAGCCCAUCCUGGCCUUCUACGGCAGCCGCCUGGCAGGCCGCCACAAAGCCCGCAAGCCACCUGCAGGCUCCAAGUCCGACUCCAACUUCAGCAACCUGAUCCGGCUGAGCCAGGCCUCUCCUGAGGAUGACACACCAGGCCGGGGCAGUGGCUGGGCUGAAGGAGAGCACCUAGGGGCCUCCGCUGAGCCGCCCGCCAUCCCGCAGCGGGAGGGGGAUGGGCCAGACAUCAAGGACAUGACCAUGGAAGUUGAGAGGCCAGGCCCUGAGCUCUUCGACCCCAGCAGCUGUUCCGGGGAAUGGCUGAAUGAGCCAGAGUGGACCCUGGAGGGCAUCAGGGGGCCACGGGUUCAGGGGCUCCCACCACGCCACACCCACCCACACUGUCCGCCCCGGGCCACUAGCUUUCUGCAGCACGUCGGCGGGCACCACUGAUGGUGACCCACCCCUGCCCAUUACUGGGGGCUGUGCUAGUGGGGCUGGCAUCCCCUUGUCAAAGCCAUCCCCUGAACCGACAAAUUAUUCUUACAGAAAGAUAGUUAUCAAGAAAUUCCCCACUCCCCCC